CGGAGCCCGAACGUGAUGUGUGUGUCCGUCUGUCUGUCAGACCCAGUGAGCACCAGCCUGGUCCAGUCAGUGAUGUCCAUGGCCUCGUCCCACUCGCAGCACUCCCACAUCAGCACUGACACCAUGUCCUCCAUGUCAGGGUCCUACCUGGCGGGGGCAGAAGGCGAGCCCGGGGGGGAUGAGGGCGGAGACGCUGAGGGGGACGAGAACCAGGACGCCCCCAUGGAGAGCCGAGGACCGUCGCAGCAGGACGGGGAGUUUUCCCAGGAGCCAAAGGAACAAAACUACUCAGUGGCUGUGGAGGAGCAGGACUCAGAGGGGAACGAUGUCACUGAAGAGGACUGCUCCUCCCCGUCCAAUGGGAAAGGUGGGCGGAGCAGGUGUCCAGAGUUGGCCAAUAACAAUCAGGGCGUCGCCCUCUGUGACACGCCCUCUUUGGGAUUGGAUAAUGAGCAGGCUCCCGACAGCCGAUUCGCCGGUCUGAUGUACCUCGGAGGCUACAGGCCUGUUUUGGAGCCCCCCGCCCACCACACCUCCACCAGCAACAUCAACAUGGAGGAGCAGGGGGCUGAGAACCGGGACGGCCAAAGUCCCAAACAUCCCCGCCGCGGACCACUCAUUGUGUAACACACUCUAACACACACGGAAACACAGACUUCUCCGUCCAGUCUCAGCUUACCCUGCCAUAGUGCUGCAUUGCUGGAUAUUGUCCUGCAGGGAACCCCCCCACCCCCCUAUACCAACUGUCUUGAUUGUCGCUGCUGGCACUUAAACUCCUCCCGAGCAGAAAGAGGAGGAAAGAGGAACAGAAGGGCAUCACAUGUCGUCUGUGCACUUUUAGCUCAACAUUAUUGUUUCGUUUUUGUUGUGUUUAGCCCAUUGCUAUGUUAUUAUUUAUUACCUGUAGGUCUAACCAAUGAGAGCUUUGUAUUCUGACACUAUCUCUAAAAAAUACAUGCUGCUCCUCUCCUCUCCUUUCCUCUCCUCUCUUACAAGCCAAACAGUCAGGGGCUACUGUGAUCGGCAAUCUGAUGUAUUACUGAUGUACUUCUUCUUCUCUCUUAUAAACUGUAUGUUGAACAAGUGUUUGUACACUACUUUAAAGUCAGCACACACCGGACUACCUUACCUUGGCAAACUAAAACGUGCUGACUCGUCUCUUCGGAUCAGGGAGCGCCCGUCUCCACUUCGCAUGCAACCUCUGCAGAUGUUUCUCUUUUCCCGCCAUUAUUUUCCAAACAGCCUUGGACUUGUAAGGCGGCAGAGGAGCCAGGAAAUGGCGGCCAAAAUGAACAGAAAUGGACUGAAAAUAAAGGAAAAAAACACAGAAUGUAAGACGAUGAACGUUGAUCUCUUAGAAGGGGAAAGUACAUGACAUUUAAAUUGUCAUCUCAACUGGAAUUCAACGUGAACUUUGAACACCUAAGCUGGUUCUAUAAACACACCAACCGCACCAAACUCUCUUUCUUCAGCUCCCUCUAAGCAUGUCAGUAUUAUCAUAGUGCAACUGGAAUCCAACAAGAACCACCAAGCAAUACCGAGGCCGGAGCUGCAUGUCAUGUGCAGUUCAAACUGGCCCGUUGCAUUCAAAUCCAGACAUUUCAAUGUGUCUAAUUCUAUGUUUAAUCUUUUUUUUGCCAUUGGGAAGGGAUUUAUUGUGAGGAAAACAUGAUACGGUGAAUUUGAGAACCUAAACGUGAGAUUUAGGCCACACUGUUAGCUGGCAUUUUGUUCAUAUUAACAUAAUCUCUACGAGCCCCUUUCUCCUCGUUUGUGAAGCCUUUAGCUGUUUGUUUUGUAAAACUUUAAUGUAUAGCUCACAAGUUGUCGAUGUUCUCCGUUCCCGUAAUUUUAAUUUGUUGCAAAACACUGUGUCGUUUACUAGAAUGUGGAUGAAAACAUGUGAAAAUGUGUUAAGGUUUUACACACUUGCAUAACAAAAAACUGAAAAAGCGACAAUAUCAACAUUUAAUGCACUAUUAUCUGUUUCCUAGACAACACACUUUGUGGUGCAUGAGGCGAUAGAGUAAGCAUGUUAGUCUAGGUCCGCCUGCACCCAUAUAGAAGACUGGAUGAUGGAUCGCUGCACACACAUAAAGCCGGACCAUAUCCCUCUGCAGUGUUAUCGGUUUCAGGAGCCCUACUCCCUCGACCCGGACUGUGAGGUCAGGAGGACUGCAUUAGUAUAUCCAAGCUGCAACCAGUCAUGUGAUCACAGAUCGAAUGUGUAGAUGAAGCCGUUCUCUGGCACCAGUCACAGUAUGAUAUCAAAGGAAUGGGUCCAAAUCCGCAAGACCCCCACUUUUCUAGAACUAUGGGUGAAAAUGUCAAAGAAAACAUCAAACGGACAAUAAAGUUUUUGCAACUAAA